AUGACAGACCCACACUUUCCAACUCGACCUGUAGAUCGAGAAAAAGCUGAACAUGAUUUAGCACAGAACAUCAGGAAAGCCACAAGCAUCGACGAAACUGCACCAAAGCAAAAGCACGUUCGAAGCGCGAUUCUAUAUACCUGGGACCAUCACACUUCGCAGUCGAUAUGGACUGGCUUAAAAGUCCAACCAAUAUUAGCAGACGAAGUGCAAACAUUUAAAGCUUUAAUCACAGUUCACAAAGUUAUUCGAAAUGGUCAUCCUAUUACUCUGAAAGAGGCUCAAAAUGAGAUACAUUGGCUUGAAACGUGUGCUCGUACUGUCACCGGUGACGGCGUUAGAGGUUAUGGUACUCUGAUUCGAGCUUAUGUUAGUUUUUUACUGGCGAAAUUGAAUUAUCAUAGACUUCAUCCGGAGUUCAAUGGCAAUUUUGAUUACGAAGAAUAUGUCUCUUUGAAAGGUGUUGAUGAUCCUAAUGAGGGAUAUGAAACGAUCAACGAUUUGAUGAAUCUUCAGGAGCAGAUUGAUCAAUUCCAAAAGCUGAUUUUCGCUCAGUUUCGACCUUCGUCUAAUAACGAAUGUCGUAUUGCUGCUUUAAUACCACUAGUAGAAGAGAGCUACGGGAUUUAUAAUUUUAUGACGAGUAUGCUACGAGCUAUGCAUCGACGUACUGAUUCAAUUGACGCGCUCGUUCCUCUUCGGGACAGAUACAAUGCCCAACAUUAUAAGUUAAUAAAAUUUUAUUAUGAGUGUAAGAAUCUAAAAUAUCUGACUAGUCUCAUAAAUGUACCAACAUUACCACAGGAUCCCCCUGCACUAAUUGAUGGAGCUGGUGCCCCUUCAUUGCCCAAAAGGCCUCGUUUAAUGGAGAUUCAACGCCAGAGAGAGCUUGAAGAACUACAAAGACAGCAACAAGAACGAGAACGGAUCGCUAGAGAGCAAUUGCUUCAACAACAAAUACAACGUCAAGCGCAAGGACGCGUUGCAGAGUUAGAACAAGAACUGCUCGCUGCCAGAGGUUCAACAGAAAGAAACCAAAUGUUACUGGAACAAUAUGAUAGGAGGGUCAAGGCUUUAGAAAACGAGAUGAAUCAAUUAAAUAUCAAUGCUCAACAACAACUCGCUUCCAAGGACGACAUGAUUAAAAAUUUACAGGAUCAAAUCUUGAUGUGGAAAAAUAAGUAUGAAGCUUUGGCAAAACUAUAUUCACAACUUCGCCAAGAACAUCUUGAGCUCCUCAACAAAUUCAAAGCAGCACAAUUAAAAGCCAAUUCAGCACAAGAAGCUAUAGAUAAAAUGGAGAGAAUGGAACGGGAUAUAAGGGCCAAGAAUUUGGAACUGGCAGAUAUGAUUCGAGAGAGAGAUCGCGCUCGGCACGAGCUUGAUCGUUUAAAGAGCAGCCAACGCGAAGAUUUAGAGAGAGUCAAGCGUGACCUUUCAUUAGCCAAUGAUCGCGCUGAAGAACUAGCUCGAUCAAAAAGCAGUGAAAUUGGAUCUAUAAUGGCAAAGUUUAAUAAAGAGAAACAAGAAUUAGAAGAUUCAAUAAGAACAAAACAAUCUUAUAUAGAUGAUUUAUUGAAUCGGGUAGACGAAAAGCAAAAUGAGAUUGAUCGCGUUGCCCAAGAAAAAGAUGUCGAGAUCGCUAUUAUGCAGUCAGCUAUGGAUCAAAGUUUAUCGGCUUUGGCUAAAGAGCGACAGACAAGUACAAGUACUGAAAAGGGAAUUCAAGAUACAAUUGAGAAUUUAUUAUUGGACCAUUUGAGAAACCUUAAUGAUAUUCUUGAUAGCAUCUUCCAAACAUCUAUUCAAAAAAUCGAUGAUAGUAUAUACGAAUUGGAAUCACCAAUGCAGGCCGGGAAUCAGAACUCCACCCCUGAAUAUACUUUAUCAAUGAUAGAGAAGGCAACGACACAAACAUCGGAAUUUUCAUUUACUUUCCAACAAUUCUUGAAAAGUGAUCGAACGAAAGAUCAUACAGAAGUUAUUAAAAGCGCCACCAAUUUCGCACAAUCUAUCUCGGAGGUACUGUAUAAUGCAAAAGGAGUAACACGGUUAGCAGGGGAAGAUGAUGAGAUAAGCGAGGAAAUUGUACAAACAUCCAAAAAGGCAGCACAAAUGUCACAAAAAUUCCUGUUGAACGUCCAAUCAUAUAAAUUGGAUGCUCUACCUGCCAAUCAACGAUCACAAGUUGUGUUGCAAGGUGAAAUGGAUGUUCAAGUAGCUUUACAAAAGGUAUCAAAAUUGACCCAUGGUCUUUCUAAACAAAAUGUGGACGUUGCUAAAGCUACUGAUGGUGAGGUUGGGAACUUGGUUGAACAAGAAAUGUUAAACGCCGCGAAAGCUAUAGAAGAUGCAACGGCGAGACUCCAGGCACUUAUGUCACGACCUCGUGACGCUGGUCUUUCCCCUACCGAGUUGCACGUUCACGAUGCAAUUCUUGAAUCCGCUUUAGCGAUUACUAAUGCAAUAGCAAACCUUAUUAAACGCGCUACGGAGUCACAGCAAGAAAUUGUAGCCGCUGGGCGAGGUUCUAGUACACACGCCGCGUUCUACAAGAAAAACAAUCGAUGGACAGAAGGUCUUAUUUCUGCAGCUAAAGCUAUCGCAAUUGCAACUAAUCUUCUUAUAGAAACAGCUGAUGGUGUGAUUCAUAAACGAAACUCACUCGAACAACUCAUUGUGGCUUCGAACGAAGUGGCCGCUGCAACUGCUCAACUUGUGGCCGCCUCUCGUGUCAAAGCCGACUUCAUGUCUAAAUCUCAGGAUCGUCUUGAGGUCGCUUCAAAAGCGGUAAUUGAUGCAUGUAAAGCACUGGUUAAGGCAGUAAAGGCCAUUGCUGACAGACAGAUAAGAGACCAAGAAACGUCCACCGAUUAUACAAGACUAGCUCCCUACGAUUUCAAGGUUAAGGAAAUGGAGCUGCAAGUAGAAGUUCUUAAACUUGAAAAAGAGUUGACAAAUGCUCGUAGAAGAUUGGGAGAAAUGAGGAAAGUUAACUAUCACGCAGAUGAAGAAUAA